GGUUUUCUCGAUGACGUGUCCGGGGUGUGGCGGAAGUGCGGCCGGGACAGAGGUGUCGGUCUGUCUGUCCGUCUGCGGUCCAGGGGGGUCCGUCUGUCCGCCCCUCCCACAUGAGCCCCCGCCCGGGAUGAGCUCCAAGGCCAAGCGGGUGCUGCCCACCCGCCCCGAGCCCCCCAGCGCCGAGCAGAUCCUGGCCGACGUGCAGGGCACGCUGCCCUCCGACCCCGUGUUCGUGCUGCCCGCCGAGCCCCCCCAGGAGCCCGGCCCCGCUCCAGGCUGCCCCGAGCCCGCGGCCGAGGAGCGGGAGCGGCUCUACCGGCAGGUCCGCUCCUACGUGGGCAUGAAGCAGCGGCUGCAGCAGUCCCGGGAGCGGCUGCGGCAGCGGCGCCGGGAGCUGCAGAGGGUCGGGGAGGCGCUGGAGCGCGGCAUCGCCGACAUGCGGCAGAAGGCGUUCUGAGGGACGCGCCGCGCUGGGGUUUCACCUUCCCAAAGCCGUUUGCAUCGGGACGAUCCGGAUUUGCCAGGAUCUCCUGUGCCACCCCAGUGACCUUUUCCCAGGGAGCACCGGCACCCGCCAGGUGGCACUUUCCUGCUGUUAGGACAAAAGCUUGCACCCCUCCUGCUGCCCCCGAACCCUGCCAUGUCCCCCGGGGGUGGCACGUCCUCUGCUCCCUACGACUUUUCCCUCUGGUACUUCCCCGAGGAUGACCACGUCGCCUCCCGCAUCGCGGAGCGCCUGAGGCAGGAGGGCUUUCGGGGCUUCACCGAGCACCAGGACCAAGCGGCGGGGACAUCCGUGGUCCAGACGGCCGUGCAGGUCAUCGAGGCCAGCCGGGUGGCCAUCCUGCUCCUCUCGGCCAAGUCCCUGGGCGACCGCUGGUGCCAGCGCGUGUCGCAGUGGAACCUGCUCCACGCCGUCCAGCAGCGCGGCCCCAGGGUGGUCCCCGUGUGCGUGGGGGUCAGCAGGGCCCAGGUGCCCCCGUUCCUGCAGCACCUCGUCCCGCUGGAAUACCAGAACGAGUUCUUCUUCCAGCGGCUGCUGGCCAGCCUGAGGUCCCGCCCAAGGAGCGGGGCCAGGCGGGUCCCGCCCGCGGGGACAAACUGAGGCACCACCAGGGGGGCUGGGUCGGGGGCCAGCACCGCGCCGUGGUGUGAAAAACUGCCCUGCUUUGCUAAUAAAGGCGGUGGGGAUGGCUCA